UUUUAGUCAAGGGAUGCGGAGCAAAGCAAAAUACACUCUACAGUCAAAACCAUUCUUUGGGGCGCAUCGUUUACUUAGCUUGCUGCAUUCCUUUACAUCAUUCUCAACGCUGAAGAAGGCACAGUAUGGCACGACAAAUGAGAGGGUAGGCUACAUCAUAAAGCUUUUCCCGGAACGGAAAGUUUUUAGGGUUAAACCACGGUAUAACUUGAUCGCUUUUCUUCAUCUUGUCUUUACUGCAAAGCUAUGGAACGCAGAAGUUGACGAAUUAUUGCGAAGCCGCUAUAGGCUACUCUUGAAGAGAAUUGGAGACUUCGUUUGUGUCUUUCAAGUGUUAUUAUAACCGUGUAUAGGCCUAAAAGGGUCCGUGUUACAGUCUAACACAUUGCAGGCGAUGUGCGGUUUUCACACUUGGGCGUAUCACGGCAAUUAAUUUGCUGAACAUUGUUUAUUCUUCACUGGAGCGUCCUGAAUGCGAGGGAAAUGGAUUUGGAUUAGACUACUAUUUCUUCACAGAUUUAAUGGAGAUACCGCUACACAAAUACAUAUGUUGAAAUCGUGCAUAUAUUUGGAUCAGUCUGCUUCGAAAUGGCAAGUUUUGCCGCGUUUAUAAAGUGGACUGGGCGAUCAACUUUGUAUUUAUGCUGUGCUUUUGUCCUGUUCGGUUGUCUCUGCAUCGGAUCUCCAACUCAUGGUCGUCGGCUCAUCUGUUGGCAAGCCAUAAUGAAGUGUCAUGGAGAGCCGGAGUGCCACUAUGCAUAUGACCAAUAUCUUUACGCUUGUGCGCCCGUUAUCAAUGGGAAUAGGAAGAAAUGUCCCAGCCACUGCAUCUCGUCUCUUAUCCAGCUGAAUCUAACCGAGGCCGGCCCGUCUCUGGAGGACUGUGACUGCGCCUCGGACACCAUCUGCCGGAAGACCAAACGCGCCAUAGAGCCGUGUCUUCCACGGACCAGCAACAUGGGCUGCACCGAAGCUCGGCGGCAAUGCGAAAGAGACUCCCAAUGUAGUUCGUCUAUGCGGGACUAUUUGUUUCACUGCCGUAAACUUUUCGGAGGGGAGAGGUGUUCAGAUGAUUGCCGGAGGGUGAUUUCCAACAUGCGCAAUAUACCCAAAGCACAACAACUUGAUACUUGUGUUUGUGAUGGCACAGAGAGGACGAUAUGCGAAUAUGUUAAAGUUAGUAUGAAAAACUUUUGCUUUGACUCUGUGGACAGAUACGCGGGCAGCGGGUUUUCUGAUUCAGAGGAUGACUCGGAAGAUGAUUAUGAUGAGAUGGAAUAUGAAAACGAUGUGGAAAACUCAAGUGGCUCUUCCAAAUUCGCCUGUCAGGGUGUAUGGACCGCUGCUAUGGCCACCAUUUUGGUUUCAGUGCAUCUUAUCUGUUAGGGAAGCCAGUUGAUUCAGCUGUUGGGAAAGUUGUUAGAGAAAGAGAUAGCCCUUUGAAAUGUUGACACAGACAGACAAAAUAGCUCAUGAAAGAGUUUUAACACCAGCACACCUGCUUCAGCAUAUACUUUGUGUUUAUGAAGGAUUGUAUGGCAUUUGCUCUCACGGGGUUCAUCUGAACAUUCCGUUUGUCACUGUAUAUGUGCAGAUAUAGGCAAUGGGUCAGUCAUUUUGGUCAAAAAUAUUUGCUAUAGGUUUAUGCAUUUUUAUGUGAAUGUAAAAUGUUUAUAGAUUACUUUACGGAGAGCUUGUACCUCUAAACUAAGUCAUUGUUUUAACCAACCCUUGAAGAAUGUUAUUGGACUAUUUCAUCUUCAACUGCCUUAUCCAAAAUAGCUUAGAAUUUAUAAAGCUCGACACAAAUUGUUGUAUAACGUGGGAUAGUCGAGUGUCUUUUAGGUGUACACCAACAUACUAUGUAGACAAUAAUGGAGAAAAAAAGAUUUGCAUUAUUUUCUUGAUCACUAUAGUCAGUAACGGGAAGAGACAAGCCAGCUUGUUUCCUUAUGAGCUAGAGAAUAGACAUACGCCUGGAGACUAGCUAGUCAGUUGUUAAUCAUCUAAGUGAUGUGCGUGAUUGGUUAGCCUAUUUUAAUAGCCUUAUUCGUGUCCCACAUAUUUCUACGAAGUCAGUAUCAAUAUUGUUUUUUAAGUUUUAAGGGAGAUUAUUUUUAUAUGUCAAAAUCUGUAAAGUUAAAUUGUACAGUUUAUUGUAUGAUAUUGAUUUUGUUUUCAGAGAUUUGUUUAUUACUGCUAAAAAGAGAUUUGCACUGUAUAGAAAUGUUGUGAAAUGCUUCAAUGUGACUAUAUUGUUUAUUAUUUUUUCUCACAGAGGUGAAAAUAUAAGUUUCUUUGCUUAAUGCUAUCGACGUCUGUUUGUUUCAUUUCACAAUACCUUAUCUGGUCAUUACGGUUCUAGGCAACAUGCCCGUCUUAGUGCUUUGGGGAGGUAUAAGUGUACUUUAAGUAUACAAAUAUACAUAGAAAAUGUUUUGCUUUAAAUGGCUGUGAACAUGA